CUUCCCUCUUGGAUAAAGUUGGAUUUAAACAAGUCUCUCAUAAGAUAUCAAGCAGAACCGCUGGACAUCAAGGUGAGCCACAGAGCUUUUGUGAAUGCACUCUUGGAUCUGCGCACCGGACCAAGCUGGAUCACUAUGAUUCUGACGAACGCGGCUCAUAGCAAUGGUUUGCACAGAAUAAUUGAUCAGGGAUUUCCGAAUCUCAAUUUUGACUUCUACAAACCCGUUCAUGGUAGAGCUGUCGUUCAUUUCUCCAUUACAAAAACUCCAAGGAAGAUCAGAGGAUGAAAGUUUUGACUAGUCUCCCUCUUUUAUUCGGCUGCUGGACUCUUUUAUACCUAGACUUUAUUCCGCAAGCGCUCUCUCUUACCGGAGUGGCGGCGCAGCGUUCCGGACACCGAAACACCGGAGCGGACAAACUCAACCCAAGCGCUUCACGGGUAACGGUGGCGCGCAACGGGACGACGCCAGGAAAGCCAUCUGUCAACGCGAAGAUUUCUCGAAUCAGGGCUGGGCCACCUCCGAUUAAGGGAGAGGCCAAACCAGUAACAAAUGCACAAAGCGGCCGUGCCACGGUAUCUGUCAAUUUAGGUUCCAGGGAGCCCCUGCGCUCUUGGCAACCCAAGGAUGCGGCGCGGGUUGCACCCGGCGCGGCAUCCUCUUCCAGCAUCCAACACCAACCAGGACACAAUAAAGGAAAUGCGGGUUCUACGCAAAAAUCCGCGGUGCUUUCGGCGAUAAGGGCAGGACAACCCAAAACAGGGAUGAUGAAAAUUGUCGCACCGGCUCCGGCGCAGCUGAGAGCGAAAGCACCAGUGAAGUUGGAUGGGAGCGAGGCGCCCAAACACCCCUUGGUGACGCCACAUGACUACAUGCUGUCCCUGUACUGGUCACUGACCAGUGGAGAGGUCAAUACUAGUGUCCUGCACGAGGCUGGGAUGGCCAACACCAUCACUAGUUUUGUAGACAGAGGACAUGAUGACCAUGUGACCCAACUGCGACGUCAGAAGUACCUCUUCAACAUCAGCUCCAUGGAGAAGGAGGGUUUGUUGGGUGCAGAGCUACGCAUCCUUAGAAAGAAAAUUGUGGACUCUCGUAAAAACACAUUUGCAGAGGGUGUGGCUUUUUUAAAACUAUACUCCUGUGCCACAGGUAAGCACAGACCCAUAAUGCUCCAGUCUCGGCCUAUUGAUCAACACAGCGCUCCGUACUGGGAAGUGUUUGACAUCUGGAAAGUGUUCAAGAACUUUAGAAACACCUCUCAGCUUUGCUUUGAGCUUGAUGCUGUCAAUCAAGGCCGACCACUUGACUUGAGAUUGCUCGGCUUGAGUCGGUUUGAAAGAACUACUAAGGAGAAGGCCUUUUUUGUGGUGUUUGGGCGUACGAAAAAGCAAGGGCUCUUCUACAAUGAGAUCAAAGCACGUUCAGGGCACGACAACAAGACCGUCUAUGAGUACCUCAUUACUCAACGUAGGAUGCGUCGAGCACCGUUGUCACGUGACAAAAAAUUGCCCAAGAACCCCAAACAGCGGUGCAACCGCAAACAGCUACAUGUCAACUUCAAGGAAAUGGGCUGGGACGACUGGAUCAUCGCUCCUCUAGAGUACGAGGCCUUCCACUGUGAUGGCCUCUGCGACUUUCCAAUCCGUUCCCAUUUGGAGCCUACGAAUCACGCCAUCAUCCAGACUCUCAUGAACUCCAUGGAUCCCAGGUCCACACCUCCUACUUGCUGUGUCCCAACCAGACUUAGUCCAAUCAGUAUUCUCUACAUUGACUCAGCCAAUAAUGUGGUCUACAAACAGUAUGAGGACAUGGUGGUUGAGAGUUGUGGUUGUAGGUAGCGAAACAUUUUCAGCACAGUGCAUUGAAGGUAAACAGUUUAUCAUUACGUGUGUGUUUCCUGGGAAUCAAACCCAUGACCUUGUGUUGCUAGUCUUCCAGUUGAGCUACGGGAACAUGAAAAGAAAAUCGAACUAGGAAAAGUUCUGCAGACUUUCAAAAAUUAAGCAUAGCUUUAAGCACAAAGUUGAAACAGAAACCAUUGAUGUCUUUGACUUUCCAAAGGAGCCCUCAGAAAUUCCAGACCUUUGUUGUCAAACAUUCCGAAGGACAUUCGACGAGCUAGAGAGACAAUGCAAAAACUCAAGGGAACAUCUCCCUGUUUGUUGGUCCAUUAAAAACCAAUGUCUAUGAAACCUCCAAACAGCUUAGAGAAGCCAUGUCGCUUUCUCAUUAACCUCUGGAGGUUCAUAAAAUGACUCUGAGCAAAUGUACAGACACUGUUGCUUUGACAUUGCAUUUUUAUCUCUUUGUUUAAACAAACCUGUGUCGAUGUGCCAAUGAAAAUAUAGAUGUCUUGUUCUUCAAAAAUUCAUGUAAACCACAGAUUAGUUAAUGGCUCCUGAAAUCCCUUAUCUUGAGAUGUCUGGAGGCAAAAAAUGAGAGAUUUGUGAACUAUUGCUGAUGAAAGUACACCGUUACUCAUCACUAGAGGUGAACAGUUACAUGAUUUUAUAAUGUCCUCAAAUUAUUAGCUGCUAAACAGAAGCAUAUUCUUGUUUUCUAAGUGUUAACAGAACUUGAUUUAAAAUGUCUUGUCGAUAUAUGAAUAUGUGUUAUUGUUGUCUUUAUUGAGCUAAAUGUCAUGUAGUUCAAUGCUAAGUAAAUACUGUAUGUUUAUAUUUAGUUUUUCCUUUUUGUUUUAAAUGUUGCUAUUGGUUGAACGGCCAUACAAUUUGAUCAUCUAAUGAAUUUGAACUCUACCUUUAAAGUAACCAAUUGAUUUAUUAAUGCAUGGUCCUGCCUUAUUGUGCGUGACCCAUUAGUGCACAUUAUGCCAAAGAAAAAACAGCUGUUUCUCUUCAUCAUCUUUCAUCAUAAUGUAAUAACUUGCUCCCUAUUUGAAAUGAAUCUCUUAAAUCUUUGAAUUUACUUAUAUUAAAGGUUACUUCAAUGAUAGCAAAUAAUGAUAGAUUUAAAGAAGUGUUACAAUUGGUAUACAUUGAAAUUCUCUCGAGGUUGAACUUGAUCUUUAGCCUCCAUGUACGGUCAAAAAGCCAAAAGUGGAUGCCAGUGGUGUUUCAAAUGCAUUCACUUCUGGCUCCAUUUCUAUUUCCUCCAUUUCACCCUCCAAUAAUUUCCCCAUGGAUAAAAUCAAGUCCAGGGUUGCGAAUGCCCUUUCAUGUUGACUUUAACUGUUGGAAUGAAGGCUAGCGAACAUCUGUAUUUUCUGUGAUGAUCCAGUUCAAGGUUACUCCCUUUAGGUUGCAUAAGUUAACAGUAGAACAGUUAUUGAAAUGUAAAUGGCCAUUUCCUGGCAUUUAAAUGGUGCAUGUGUAAUUCAACAGCUAUAGCACAUUUGAUUAUGUCAGCACUUUCAGAGAUAAUUUACUUGUAAAUAAAAAUAAGCUUUAAACCUAAGAAUCUUUGCAAUGUUAGCUACUGGCAGUCAAUACUCACUAUAAACAAAUGGACCCAGAAAAGCAAUGAUUUUUCUUUGCAUAAAAUUAAAAUGACUGCAAAUUUAGGCUUUGCUUGUAUAAUGGUGCUUUUGUGAAGAGACAUUACACAUUGUCCUAACCAGGCAUGAUGCAACAAGUAGUAGUAUUUUAUCUCUCCAACUGACAAGAAAAAUGUGGUGUCAUGUGACAAAAGCACAGCUAAUUAGAACUUAUUUGAUGUUUAUUGUACAGUUAUAUGGAGUAGAAUUUUGGACUAAUGACAUUUAACUGUGGGCGGAGCUACUCGGAGCAACGCCACAGAAAUAGAAACUUAGUGACAUACAAAAUGUCUUGUCUCUUGUCACACUUGGUAAGGGCAAAAAUAGAUUAACAUGUUAUAGAUUUUAGCUUUGUCGCCUGAAAUUUGUUCUUAUCUCGGCUGGUUGGAAUGUGGUGUUACAGUGCAUGAAGGAGUAGCGCUGCUCAAUCUGGUUUACUUAUGCUAUUUUGAGGUAUUCGACAACCAAACUUCUAAGCAGAACUUCUUGAAAUUCGUCAGUUAAAGUAUCAAACAUUUUCUUAAAUAAAAAUAUGGUGAAAUUACUUUUAAAACUGUUUCUCUGUUUGAUUUUAUGCAACUGAAGAACUUGAAUAUCGCACAUGCAUAUGAUUCACUGCACCCCAUCUCAAUUAGAUUUUAUGAAAUGUAUCGUUUCAGUCCUGGAUGCUGAUUGGUUAAUGCAGCAUUCCAGACGUGCAUACUAUAUAUUGUGAAUAUCACUGUGUAUUAUGUUGGAUUUUUUUUUUUUUCUGUGCAUUUAAAGAGUCAUUUGGAGAGUUUACAAUUAAUUUCUAUGCAUAAGAAAAGUAUUUACAGAUUUUACAAUUUGAUGGAAAUGCAAAAUAAGACAUUUAUCGCAUGAUUGUUUUAUUUACAGAAUGAUGUGUUGAUAUAAUUGAAUGUUCAGUUCUGGGAGUUCUUAUGGGAGUUAUAUGUGUGAUGCAUUAUUCAUAAUUGUGCAUGGUUUUACAUGAUGUCAUGAAUGUGUGUGAUUGGUUGUGUCUGUGUGCACCUGCAUCUUCGCGCACAUGAUUAGAAGGAGCUCUUGCUAUGUGCUUUAUGUGAGGUAAGGCACUAAAGUUUGCUUAUGUGAGGUAAGGCACUAAAGUUAGAAUCUCGUAUCUGGGUGUUGUUUGAGGUAUUAAAGCUUAAAAUACACAUUACAAAAUCCCAGUUGAUUUUUAAACAUGAUUUAAAGCAAUUUUGACGAUUUAUGUCUAAACUUUUCAGGUUAAUUCUUUAGUUGUUCACAGUGUUGGGUGUAAUGCAUUACUAAGUAAUGAAUUACUGUAAUUUAAUUACGUUUUCAUUGAAAAAAGUAAGGUAAGGGUUACUCUUAAUUUUUUAGUAAUUUAAUUACAGUUACAUCUGAUGUAAUUGUGUAAAAUACUGCAUAGACUCUAGAACAAACAGUGAGUAUUUACAAAUUUUAAUUUAACAUCUACUGUUAAAAUAUAUGUUUUCCAAUUGAAUGCAUUUUUUUGAAUUGAUUUGAUUUAUUUGAAAGAAUUAAAAGAACAGUUUCAUGUCUAUCCUUACAUUUUUCAUCUGGUUGAGGUUGAUCAGGGUUUUAGAAAGUAAUUAAUAAUAAGUAAUGCAAUUACUUUUCAGAGUAAGGCAUUACUUUAGUACAGUAAUCGAAUUGCACUGUAGAGGAUGUAAUUAGUAGUUAGUAAUUAAUAACUUUUUUAGAGUAACUUACCAAACACUGGUUGUUCAAGAGUUAAAAGUGUCCGAACACAUAAUUGGAAUAAAUGUGCCAAGGCCCGCGAGACAAUGAGAAAUGGCGAUGAUGAUAAUUCGUUGAUUUUGUCAGAAUUCUGACCGAACGCCGCAUUAUUGCGCUAAAAAGAUAGAAGCAGCACAACUAUAAGAACAGAACGCAUGUGUCUCAAAAUACGUUUUUAAAAGUUAAAAUUUUCUUGACAUGCGCCUAAAACAUGCUGCUUUUGUGCAUGACCCUAACAUAAAAACAUUGCGACAAUAAGCAACAGUCAAAGUAGUCCGUCUAGCGCAUGUUUACACAGAAAACAAUUGAAAACAGCAUCCAAAUACUGACACAAAUAUGCUUUAGAUGUGGUCUACAGUAUGUAAUGUGCAGAAAACUAUAAAAGGUAUAGUUCACAUUGUUAGCCUAUAUUCUCUAUCUCUAAAUUAUGUAAUUGAGUGUUUGAUUUAAAUAAGGAAAUAUAACUUUUAAAUUUGAUAUGUUUGCCAAAUAAUGUUUAUAUCAUAUUGGGUAAAAAUAUUUAAAUA